CUCCUUCCCAGGAUGAUGGCUACGGCGGACCGCCCCUCGACGCCGCUCCGCCCUCUGGCCGCCGCAGCCAUGCCGGAGCCGCCGGCGGAGGGGCUGCCCGGCCCCGAUCCCCCGCCGGCGGAGGACCCCGACCCCGACCCCCGGCCACCCCGCACCUGGCGACUCCGCGCGGUCGAGCCGGCGCUGCUGCUGGCCACGGUGGCGGCCACCCUGCAGAUCCCGCUCUGCACCGAGUACCUCUGGGAGCGCCUCGGCGGGGACAACGCCUCGGCGGCGGGCAGCGGCCACCACGGCAGCGGCGGCUGCAGCAACGGGACCAGUCCCGAGCAGAAGGCGCUGGAGACCUUGGUGGCCCACUGGAACCUGUACAUCCACCUGGCGGGCUUCUUCGUCGGCCUCUUCUCCGUGACUCUCUUUGGGCCCUGGAGCGACAGCGUGGGCCGCCGGCCGAUCCUGGUCCUGCCCGCCCUGGGCCUGGCCCUGCAAGCCGCCGUCUACCUGGUGGUCAUGUACCUGAAGCUCCCCGUGGCGUACCUCUUGCUGGGCUGCAUCCUGAGGGGCAUGACGGGGGACUACAACCUGAUCCUGGCGGGCUGCUUCGCCUACGUGGCGGACGUCAGCGACCGGCAUGGGCGCACCUUCCGGGUUGCCGUUUUGGAGGCUUGCAUCGGCCUGGCGGGAAUGGUGUCCAGUAUCGCCGGCGGGCAGUGGCUCAAAGCCCAGGGCUAUGUGGCGCCGUUCUGGCUCGUGUUGGCCGCGGGUCUGGGCGCUGCCUUCUACGCCGCCUUCUGCCUCAAGGAAUCGGUCGUGCCGAGGCGGCCGGGGAGACUCUUCACCCUCCGCCAUUACGGGGCCAUCUGCCGUCUUUAUGGCGCUCCCAGCCGGGGCGCCGUCGGGAAGAAGCUGGCCCUCUACUCGCUGGCGUUCUUCCUCGUGAUCACGGUGCAUUUGGGGACGCGGGACCUCUUCGUCCUGUACGAGCUCAGCUCCCCGCUCUGCUGGGGCUCGGGGCUGAUCGGCUUUGGCUCGGCGGCCGUCUACCUGGCCUACCUCACCAGCCUGGUGGGGCUGCGGCUGCUUCAGCUGUGCCUGGAGGACAGCUGGGUGGCCGAGCUGGGACUCCUCUCCAACAUUGCGGGGCUGGUGGUGAUUUCGCUGGCGGCGGCGACACCCCUGAUGUUCACAGGCUAUGGACUUCUUUUCCUUUCAAUGGCUGUUACUCCCGUGAUCCGCUCCAAGCUGUCCAAAUUAGUGGAUGCAACCAAACAGGGUGCUCUCUUUGCUGCUGUGGCCUGUGUCGAAGGGCUGUGCUCCCUAGUGGCCACGGGGGUCUUCAACUCCCUCUACCCGGCGUCUUUGUCCUUCAUGAAGGGCUUCCCAUUCCUCUUCGGAGCAGCCACCCUCCUGGUUCCAGCUGUCAUUGUUGGGUGGAUCGAAAUCAAGGACACGAAGCCAGACUACAGCCACUUUUCAGACUCGUCGCAAGAAUCUUAGCAGUGAUUGGCUAAGCUGACCUCCUCCCACUCCAGGGUCAAGGACUUGGAACCGUCCCUACAAUAGGAUGCCUUUUCCAGAAGGAAAUCCCCAUCGGUAGCCCUGUGUUUCUGAAGGCGUUUGCAGAAUGGAAGCUGCUUGCAAACAGAGCUGGAAUAAAAGGUCCCCAUUAUCACGCACUUUAA